CUUGUGCUUAAACUUGUUAUUAAGCUUGUACUUACAAGCCAUGGGUGACAAAAUUCAAAGAGGUCCAAAAUUAAAACACUCUAUAAAUUCAAGUAUGGGUGAAUUUUUUUUUAAAUGUGCAGAACGUUUUAGUGAUCGAAUAUGUCAAAUUGAUGCCAGCUCAGACACCAAAGAAACUUACCAAAGUGUCAAAAAACGAAGCGUCAGAGUAGCUCUAGAGUUACUAAAUCGUGGAGUUACAAGUGAUGAUGUUGUUGUACUUUGUACUAAGAUUACCCUCGACAAUGUGAUACCCAUAAUAUCAACAUUUUUUAUUGGGGCUAAAAUAGCAAAUUUAGACCCGACUUUAUCAGCAAGGCAUACUACCCAUCUACUAACUUUAGUUUCUCCAAAAAUAAUUUUCGUUGAAGAAGAAUCAGUUUCUUUAAUUGAAGACAGUUUAAAAUGUGCAAACUUAACAGCUGACAUUGUAGUUUUUGGAAAAUCUUUAAAAUAUCCAACAUUUGACCACUUUGCAAAACCAAAACCGAACGAAAAUACUUUUGAACCAAGAAAAGUUAAUAUUUCUGACACUUCGAUUAUUUUUUUUAGCAGUGGGACAACAGGACUUCCGAAAGCAAUUUGUCACAGUCAUUCUAGUUUUCUUCAUGUAGCCCAUGCUUUUCAUCAAUCUGGCGGAAAUUGUGAUUCGAUUCUUUCUUUUACGUCGUUUUAUUGGGUCUCUGGAUUGAUUUUGUUGUCCACUUCUUUUAUUAGUGGGGGUCAUCGAAUUUUCUGUGGUCCCAUAGAUGCGGAAAAAACUUUCCAAGUUAUUGAAAAAUACAAAGUAACUUUUAUGUUUUUGGCGCCAAUUUUGACCUACAAACUAACAAAUUUCGAAAAACACCAAAACUAUGAUACUUCUUCUCUUUCUAGUAUGUUAGUGGGAGGUACUCCCAUAAGUACUGCUCAGUUCCAGCGGCUAACUACAGUAUUUAAGCACACAAAUGUUGUUUUUGUAUAUGGGCUGACUGAAGCCGGAAUUGUUACUUUAUUUGAUCCUAAAGAUGACCAUGACUUGAUUAAAACACAGAGUGGGUCUUGCGGAAAAGCAGCACCUGGUAUGGAAAUUAAAGUUGUCGAUAUUGAAACUGGUCUACCACUUGGCCCCAAACUAAAAGGCGAAGUACGUGUAAAAUCUCCAACACUAAUGAAAGGCUAUUACAAGGCUGAAAGUUCGUCAGCAUUUGACAGUGAUGGUUUCUUAGAAACUGGAGAUAUUGGAUAUUACAAUGAGAAAGGAUGUUUUUACGUCAUUGAACGACUGAAAGAAAUGUUCAAAUAUUUGUCGUGGCAUGUAGUACCAUCAGCAAUUGAGGCUGUUUUACUUGAACAUCCAGCUAUUAAAGAAGCCGUAGUUUUUGGUAUUCCACAAAGUGAAGAAGAAGGUGAAUUGCCUGCGGCUUGUGUGGUUUUAAAAGAAAAUUGUAACGUUAACAAACAACAAAUUGAAGAAUUUGUUGCCGGCAGAGUAUCAGAUUACGAAAAAUUGAGAGGUGGAGUGUUUUUUGCUGAAGCACUGCAAAAAACUCCAAGCGGAAAGCUGAUGAGAAAGGAAAUUAAAAAUGCAAUUAUGAAAACACUUUAA